AUGGUAGCAAAUCCGUACCACAAAAUUGUAAAGCAGGAGCUUUCUGAAGACCCAGAAUUGAAGAGAAUUCUCGCGCAUAAUAUUUACGACAACAUAAAAAACAACAUCGACUAUCUGGAAGAGACCCAGUAUAACCAGCUCGAUUGGGAAAACUGCCAAAAAGACACAUCAGACACCGCCCUAGAGGUAGAACUGGAAAGGAACAACUGUGCUGUCAAAUUAGGGCACAAAGAGAAAGGAGAGUGCGAAUGCCUAGAAAACAAAGAAAUCGAAGCAAGAAACAUAGAGUUUGUAAAUGCAGUAGAUAGAGAAACUCCUCUUAAUCAUAAAACUUUUAAUAUAUUGAAGAACAAGAAAAAUAGCUUACAAAUUCAUCAAAUUAUACCUCCUCUAAAUUCUGACAACAUUCCCGAAUUUGAUCACCAUAAUAAUCGUACAAAAAAAAGUGAAAAAUUCCCUAAAGAACAAGAUAAAAUGAACAAUCAUAGAUAUGGAUAUUACCCACCAAGGAAUGGAUAUGGAUAUAAUCACCAUAACAUAAGUAAUGCAAAUGGGUACUAUACAAAUACAUAUAAUAGAGAGCUUCCGAAUUUAACUAUGCAACAACACAAUAUGCACGGAAGAAAUAAUCUCAUGUUUGAAGAUGGAAAUGUUCCAUAUGGUCUUUAUGGGCAAUCUAAUUAUACAGGAACAAAUAAUCUCAUGUUUGGAGGAAAUGCUUUUUCUAAUGAUCGCAAAACAAUGUACAGAAGGAAUGAGGAAAUGAACAACGAACCUUUUUAUAAUAAUUACCCUAUGGCUAGCGAAAUGGGCUAUAACAUGCCUAUUCUGCCUGCACAACAAUAUUAUCCAAACAUGAAAAGAAAUUUAAUGAAAGAAGGUUAUGUACACGGUCAUCACUAUGCUAACAGCACAAAUAAUACUGGUAUCUCACCUAAGCCCUCUUCAGAGGAUGUAAUAGAUAAAAGUCGUAAAAAGGAAUCGUGUCGAAAAAAUAUAUCCAAGGUGAGAAAAGGUGACAUAGAUAUAAACAUAGAAACAUCUUCUUCAAACCGCAAGGGUGUUAUAAUCGAUUUGAAUAUAGGUGUAGGAAAUUAG